CGAGGAAUAAUUUUUAUUAUUUUGUGUGAAAGUUUAUUUAAAAUAAUUUGGUGGUCUAGACUUGAUAUAGUGCUGAGCAUUGAUAAGAAUUUGUGUAAAUAUAGAUAACAAAAAAAAAGAUAAUAAAUUUGGUAGAAACCGCAAAAAAACCGUUAAUAGGAAACAAAGAACAAUUGUGAAUAGAAAAUAUAUCCAAUAAGAAUUCAACGGUCGUUCAUAUGUGCUUAUUGUUAUUCUUAUCGUACUGCAUGUUUCUCUUGAUAAUAUUCAUAAAUUAGUAAGGAAUGUCUCGUCACAAUUACACAAAUCCAGCAUUUUGUCAGGAUGAAGUACCGUCAGCAGCAACAACAAUUUCUCGUCCAACAAUAGUGACUGCUGCAAACAUGAAAAAUUCUCCUGCUCGUGUUCAUCGGAGUGAAUCGAUUCGUUCGUUUCAUUCCGUUGCGUCCACUAAUCGUUCCCUCAGGAGUGGCAAUGCAAUGCAAAGAAAUAAUAGUGGUAUGAGUCUGAACUGUAGUCAUCAUCAGCAGCAUUCAAUGCCAUUAUCCCUGCCACCACGACCCGGUCCAAAGCCGAUUGUAUCUCGUAUAGCUGCUGUUGAUGGAAAUAAGCAACAGCAACCACUUGCUCAUCAAAUUACAACCACUAGCAGUCGUUAUGGAUCUAUAUCGGAUGUUCAAAAUCAGUCAGUGAGCGGUCGUUAUGCAUUGGUGCCAGUUGAAGAAUUGAGUUCAGGCAAUCAAGGACGUUAUGCUGUUUUACCGCCACAAACUGCAUCACGAUUCAUAUCAAAGAGUCAAGAGAAUUUAGAUAGAUUCAUUGAUGCAGAAGAUGAUGGGGAUGAAUUGCCACAUAACUAUUCAGAUCAAUUUGCAAGCUUACCGCCUAUUUCAUCGCCUAAAAAGGAAGGUGGAAUGAUGCCAGCCUUUUCAACAGAUUUUGGUAGUAAAUCUUUUAUUAUAUUUGACCAAAAGAAUCAGCAACGAUAUGCAGUCGUACCUACAGAAGAGAAUGAAGAAAUUGUAGACGAUAAUCAUGAAAUCAUUCAAAUGCAUAAUGGAAAAGCCCAUCGUUAUGCUGUAAUUCCAACAGAUGAGGAGGAGACAUGUUUAAAUGCAGACGUAACUGUUAAGCCACCUCGAAUGCCACCAUCAUAUGCUGUAGCAUUAAGUAGAAGAACAUCACCACAACGAACUCCGCAAAAGCAAUUAAUUCAGCAAAAAAGUGAGGAUGAAAUGCCAUCAACGCCAAAGAAGAAUCCACUAGCAACACAGAAACUUUAUGAGUUGCUGUCAACACCACAAAAGUCAUCACCGUUUGUAAGACAAAACUCAACACCAUUGUCGCCAAAGAAUUCGCCAUACCGUGUCAAGUCAAAUCUAAAUCUCUAUGCAAGUAAUCCAAGGCUAGCUUCAAACACACCGAGUAAGCAUGAAUUCACCCCACAACGAUUACAAUAUGAUCAAAAGGUUCGAAUGGCAUCCACAACGACAUUGAAUUUGGAACAGAGAACUACAGCUGUUAUACAACCACGAGUGCAUACAGCUGCCUCAGUUUAUAAUGAAACGACAACGACAACAGAAACAGAAAAGUCAUGGAAUAAGAAUUUAAAAUCACACAAACAAGCUAUUGCAACGAUUGGUUUUGUUUCAUUGCUAUUAAUGUUUUGUGGUGUUAUCAAUUCAGGAUUAUGCAUUUACAUGACUAGUGUUUCCAGCAUCUCAGCACUUUAUACUGGUCGUUCAAUUUUCCUCGAUAUUGGAAUAAUGUCAGCAUUUGCUACCGUUGCCCUUAGCUUUUUGGGCUUUAAAUAUCGACAUAGCGAUUGGUUGCCAAACCGUCACUACAUAUCAGGUUUCAUAAUGAUGACAUUUUUCGCUAUAAUGAACUGCUGUGCAUUGGCUGUUUUACUUCUGAUGAAGCCUGUCAAAGGCUUUCCACUUCACGAUGUCACGACAGGCAUAUCGUUGGCACUGUCAUCAUUAAUACUACUCUUAAUUAGUCUUGGCGUCAUCUCAUCGAGACUGUGUCGUUCACCACCGCCUGACAAUCGAAUUGAUAUUUUUUAAAGGACGACUGAAUGGAUGAGUUUCCAUGAGAAAAUUUAAUUUAACUUAAUUUUUUUUAUUAUUUCUGUGAAACGCUGAGCAAAGAACAUAAAAAUAGAAAAAGUUUUUCAUUACUUUUCAUAGUCAAACGUCGUCAUUUUUGUCAUGACGAAUUCUAAAUAAGAAGCAUAAAAAAAAGUUUUUUUUUCGUACUUUUCAUGCACACUGAAUCAAAUGACACUUUCAAUUAAGUACUUUACAUUAUAAAAUGCAUAAAAUUAAUUAAAAUUAUUAUUAUUAUUCCUAAGGUGAAUGACGUUGGAUGAGAGCACGUACGAUGUGCUUUCUGUAAAUAAAUUUAUUUAAACAUUUUUUAUGAUGAUGAA